GGAAACGUGGAGACUGCAAAAGUUGGAAUGGACAAAGCUUGUCUUCUCUCGGAGCCGACAGUGCUUGGAAUGAGUAGGCAGAGUAACUGCCUACCGGCAACCGGCUCUAUACUCUCCUCAAUACCACUGUACCUCAGUACGUUCUCCUUCUCAGAGCCGUGUACGUAUAGCGAUUAUCGCUAUAGUUCGUACUCGCGUGUCGACGUGUUGGUGAACGCUUUUGCGGCCACCAGAGGCAGCUGAUGAUGCGAAUGACGAGGGAAUAUUUGAGGAGAUUGCGAGAGGGGGCAAUUCAAACUUUCAAACUGUCGUACGAUCUAUUAUCUACUAAGUAUUGCUUAUAGCAAUUAUAGCGAGACCUGCAAUCGGUAACGUAGAAAUUCUACAGUAACAUAGCACGCGAGAGGUAACAGCGCCCAUAUGGAGCAAGCCGGCUCGACAUAACCUGUCGCACUACAAUAUAGAGUUGUUUAUUUACAUAUAUGCUGUCUCGUAAUAAUACAUCCAGUUUGAAACGUAAAGACAACUUUUGAACUCGAUAAGCAUUUAUUUUCAUUUGCAAUAAUGGCAGGUAUUGUUCAGUAUGUUGUUGUUCGAGGAGAUCUCAUAAAGACUUUGGAGUGGCCUUUGGGAGCUGUCAUAGCGCAAGCUUGUCAUGCUUGCAGUGCAGUUACUCAUCUAUUUCACGAUGAUCCUGACACACAAACUUACCUGUCAGAUUUAGAUAAUAUGCACAAAGUGGUACUCGAAGCACCAAACGAAGAAAGCUUAAAUACUCUACACCAAACAUUAGAGCAAAAUAAUAUUAGUCACAAGUUAUGGAUAGAACAGCCAGAAAAUAUUUCAACUUGUUUAGUAAUCAAACCAUAUCCAAAGGAGAAUGUACAAAAGUAUGUUAAAAAAUUCAAGCUAUUCAAGUGAUGAUUACUCUUUGCAUUGGUAAGGAAUUAUCAAAAGGAAGUGUAUUAUAAGGGAAAGAUUGCAUACAGCGUAUUCAGUCUUAUGAUUGUACAGUGUUGUAAUAACAUUUUAUUUUUAACGCUUUUAUGGAAAAUGUGAAAAAUAAAAAUAGCUUAGCACUAUUUGUGGUAUAAACAAAGACUUAUUUUAAUGGUUAUUAUUGACAUGUGUACACAUUUGUUGGCUAGAGUUUUUAUAAAAAUUAUCCAAUUGGUUAUAAUUAAAUUGUAUGAUAUGUGUUAUAGAAAAUUUGUCAUAUUAUCUUACAAUUUUAAUAUCGAUUUCAAAUCUACUCUAAAUUGGCAAUGAAUAUUUUUUAUUUUUGAGUAUUCUUUUAUGAGUCUUUAAAGUAUCAUAUAUGUAUCGCAUAGUCAUUAUUAUUACAUAAAAUACAGUAAAAUAACUUUGUAUA